AUGUAUGUUCCUCGAUAUCGUUUAUUAAAGAUCUAUUUUCAUCGAUCUCGUUUAUUAAAAAUGUUAACGAUUCUUAUUUGUUUAAUUAUAUUGUAUCAUGUCUAUCGUUCAUUAUUUAAUUCAAUAAAAAAUCAACCAUUGGUUAUAAAUAAAGAAACAAAAUCAUUAAUUUCAUUUGAUUUAAAUAAAGAUUUUGAAGAAAUUUCAGAAAAUCUUCCACCAUUUUAUAUUCGUUUACCAAUUUUUUGCUUCAUUAUCAGAAAAAUUUGGUAA